GCAAGUGAACGGCACAUGACCAUAUGACUACAACCAGAAUAAACACCUACCACAUGAAGUAGGGGAGCAUCGCCAUAAAUGUAACUGUUCUUGGUUUUUGCUAUUUUACUCAGAAAAUAUUUAGCCGAGCACAAUGAAAUGUUACUUCAAAGCUUUGAUAUGUCAGUAGUCAUUAACCGCUCCGAUUACAUUCAUCGCUUAAUCGGGUCGGAUACAAUUAAAACCAAAGUACUCUACAGGUAGUUCGGUGUUGCAUUCAUACCACCUAGUCGGUAUGGAAUAAAUGUCGGCUAGAUCAGGAACAACUCAGCACUGGAACCUUUAUUGACUAUCAAAAGGUCUUCUACGGAAAGGGUGAAAAAGAGAGAGAGAGAGGGAGAUAUGUUUCUUCUUAAAUGUACUUCCUGCUAUCAUUUCGAAUCUUAAGCUCCAAACACGCUUCCUGAACACACAAACACAACUCUCCUCCACACUCCGGUGCACAAAAAGGGCAGAGGGCGGAGGAAAGGAAGGCCAGCCGCUUAGAGCAGCAGCACUGACUUUCGACCUUCGUUUCAUUUUGCUGAAGUGAACUACUGCACAGAAGACUCAAGACUGCACCUGAAACACAUCUCUGAACUCAUGUCCUGUGCUCCCCCUGGUCAAAUCGAGCUGCUGCCUCAUCUGUCAUCUUCGCCAUGACUGUGUGCCUGCCCAACCAGGGCAAAGCCGUUCUUCUCCUCAUCCUCAGCACCUCCUUCCUGUUUCAGUGGGUCCUGGUCCCGCAGGGUGAACGGGCCACUCCCCGGACGUGGCACAGGAACAUCAGCGUCCUGCUGUGGUACUGGCCCUUCGGCAAGCCCCAGAGCCUGGACGGGGACGUGUGCUGGGACCGGUUCGCCGUGCGCGGCUGCCGCCUGACGGACGAGCGCAGCCGGUUCCCCGAGGCCGACGUGGUGGUGUUCCACCACCACGAGCUGAAGACCCGCCGCCAGAGGCUGCCGCGCCACCUGGCCCGCCCGACCGGGCAGAAGUGGCUCUGGAUGACGCUGGAGUCCCCCGCCUCCAACGGCAACCUGUCCGCUUACGACGGCGCGUUCAACUGGACCAUGACCUACCGGCGCGACGCCGACGUCUUCCUGCCGUACGGAGAGCUGGCUCCGAAGAAGGACGGCGGGAGCGGCGGGUACGUCAUCCCCAAAAAGGACGCCGGCCUGCUGGCAUGCUGGGUAGUCAGCAACUUCCGGCCCAGGCACAAAAGGACGCAGGUGUACCAGAGCUUGAGGAAGCUGAUCCCCGUGGAGGUGUACGGGCGAUGGCCGCGGAAGCCGCUCAGCGCCCAGGAGCUGCUUCCCGCCAUUUCCCGCUGCCGCUUCUACCUGGCCUUCGAGAACUCGCUCUUCGCCGACUACAUCACCGAGAAACUCUGGCGCAACUCCUUCUUGGCGGGCACCGUGCCGGUGGUGCUGGGCCCGCCCCGGAGCGACUACGAGGCGGCGGCUCCGCCCAGCUCCUUCAUCCACGUCGACGACUUCAACUCCACGGAGGCGCUGGCCGCGCUCCUGCGGCGGCUGGCGUCGGACGAGAAGGCCUACGCCUCUUACUUCGAGUGGCGGCGGGACUACGACGUUCGGCUCCUCGCCGACUGGAGGGAGAGGCUGUGCCGCGUGUGCGAGCUCUACGACCGCCUGCCCGCCCGCAAGGUGUAUCACCACCUGGACGCUUGGAACAGGAAGUGACCCGUGGCGAAACGAAAACGCAAGCGCUCCUGUGUUUAGACUGGGGCGUAAAUUUUCCUUAUGGCUGUUGGGCAGCCUCUUGUGAUCAAGCACCGGCUUCUGUUACAUUACAGUAGCACUGGCUUCUGUUUCAUUACUGUAGCACUGUCUUUACAGUACAGUAGCACCGUCUCUGCUUAAGUGUUGCUUUACACCUGCUGGAGAUGAACGCUGAGCUAGAGCUGUGCCAUUAAACUGCGUAUCUGCAGUACUGGCGAUCCGCUGUACUAGCCCUCUCUUCAUGCCUUAAUCCAGCCAAUGAGAGGACAGAGACAGUGAAUAUGGGAUAACACGAAAAUGUAAUGGUUGCCAUAGAUUUCAGAAUGUAACUAUACGGUGUGUGUCAUUUUUGUACAUCUACUGUACACAUCUACAGAAGUGAAGUAAAUAUUAAAACCACACCUUUCCUGGCAUAAAAGUAGAUCAACAGUGCUAACUAAAGGUUACAGGAAGGAACAUGAACCUCAACCCACGUCGAUGGCAGAACGAUUUGUAAACUUGAACACCUGACAUAGAGAGUUAACUUCUUACCUUUCAAACCUUUCAUGGCUAAAAAUAUACAAUAAGCAUGCUUGGUGCUGUAUGAUUUUUAAGGGGAUAUAUAAUGGAAAGGGUUGUAUUACAGCAAAUAUAGCAAUAUAGCCUUUGAAUAGCAAAUAUGCAUUUUCAAUUCCAAAAGGAGUCAAACUGAAACAGGGGGUUAAAUGCUGGCUGGCUGGUCUGUGUGGUGGCAUUCUGUCAUUUAGAGAAGAAGGGUUUCAGAUGGAAGGGCUGACUCAUUGCGCAAGAAUAACACAAAAUUCUGCCAAAAAAAUGCAGUUGUUAAUUUUUUCAAGUAACAUAUUUUUCAUAACAUGUUUACAUUUAUUAGUUCAGAAUAUGAUUUGUGUAUCCUUUGAUAUUGCCUUUGGUCGCAAUACUCUUCUCGAAAUGUCAGCUGAUGCAGAAGGCCCACCUGCUUUUUGAAAAGUCGACAAUAGAGGUUAUAAAAUCGGUCUCAGUCAUCUUCUCUGGCAGCAGUCCAUUCGCAUGAGUUUGACUCGAUCUCGGAAUUGAAAAUUCAUACCUGGAACUGGGGGACUGAUUCUUGCGAAACGCACAAUGGCUUUUGGUUUUCAGAAAAUAUUAACAUUAUGCAUUUAAAAUGGCAAAUUUGAAAUCUAUUAACUGUAAAAAAAUACAAACUGGUCAAAUACA